UCCUCUUAACUACCUCUCGUUCACUUUCUCUUUCUCUUCAUCUUAGCUUCCCUGGAAAGAAUUCAGUAAACAAAAGUGAGAAAGUCUGCUUUCCACCAAAAAGUUCAUUCAUGGGGUGUUCUGCUUCUAGGUACAUUAAUGUCCAUCACGCCAGACCUUCCGAAUGCCAUUCUUCUUCAUCAAGCUUUCUUCAUUCUUCUUCUCCAUCCUCCCAACCUCAAGCUUCCCGCACUCUCUCACUCCAAACCUCUCUCAUACACCAUCCUUCCCAGAAGAAAGGCGACUCCAACCACCUCGUCUCUCUCACUUCCACCACAUAUGGCUCCCUGCACCUUCUUCUCCACCAGGAUGAUUUGAACGCCCAUGAUUUGGAGCAAGUUCCUCAAUCGCCUGACUCGGUUAUCAACACCUGGGAGCUCAUGGAAGGCCUCGACGAUUUCCAUUCCAUCGACAAACUUAGCGAAACGGGGGACAAGAAGCCCUUAUGGAAACAUUUAUCAGAAGAAUCACUCUUAUCCAAAAUGGAUCCAAAUGUCUCUUCAAGCUACAGAAGGGCAUUGCUAUUUCGGAAAAAGACCGAGGAAAACAUAAACAAAUCAUGUGUUGAUGUUCCUCGAAUAAUAAUGUCUGGAGAAACUCAAAACAGGGUUGUGCUGUAUUAUACCAGUCUACGAGGAAUUAGAACAACUUAUGAAGAUAGUUGCACUGCUAGGAUGAUCUUAAGAGGGCAUAGGGUUUUCGUUGACGAGAAAGACAUUUCAAUGGAUUCGUCUUAUAGGAGGGAACUUCAGGUCGCGUUUGGAGGGGUGUCCAUGGUUAGCUUGCCACAACUCUUUAUCAAGGGGAAGUAUGUUGGCGGGGCAGAUAAGAUCAAACAGCUUCAUGAAAAAGGGGAUUUGGCAGUGCUCUUGAAGGAUUUACCGGUUCGGACAAAUGUUAUGCUAAAUGUGUGUGAAACUUGUGGAGAUGUGCGCUUCUUGUUGUGCGCAAACUGUAGUGGAAGUCGAAAGGUGUAUGAUCAAGACGAAAGAAGGAUUAGGAGGUGUCCUGAUUGCAACGAGAAUGGCUUGAUUAGAUGUCGGCAUUGUUAUUUGUGAUUUUAUGUUUUAUCUUGAUUUAUGUGUUGAAUCCGAAGUCCAAUAGCUAUAUGGAAUUGUUAGUGUUUGUGCUUAGUUUCAUGCAAUAUAAUCAAGAAUCAUAUCUUAGAGGUGAAAC